AUGCAGGCUGCAACGGCUACCUCGAACGGCUGGGUUGAGCCCCAGAAGGUCGAUUACACGGCCUUCAAUGCCGAGACCCAAUCGAAUGGACAGUUCGACGGUGAAGCUCCCAUUUACCAGUGGAAUGAUGACUUCGGGGACGUCGGGCCCAAGUACGAGAUCUUGGAGCUGGAGCUCUUUGGCGAUCCACAGAGUCGCCACGACCGUGCUGGCUUGGACUUCUCAAAAAUUGAGCAGAUCAGCGUUGAACAAGAAGGACCUGUGCGAAUCCAGCCGCUUCGUACCUUCAAAGAUGCCGGCCUUCACCCCGUUAUGGCUGAGAACAUCAAGUUGAUGGGAUAUGACGCACCCACGCCCAUCCAGAAGUACACCAUUCCAUCCAUGCUUCAGGGCCAUGAUGUUAUUGGAAUUGCUCAGACAGGGUCGGGCAAAACAGCUGCGUAUCUGAUUCCUAUUUUGAGCAGGCUAAUGGGAAAAGCUAAAAAGUUGGCUGCUCCUCGUCCUAAUCCAACCACUUUUCGCGAAGGCGUCGAUGCAGUGACGGCUGAGCCCUUGGUUUUGGUGGUCGCGCCAACCCGAGAGUUAGCUGUGCAAAUCUUCAACGAAGCUCGGAAGUUCUGUUAUCGUUCUAUGCUUCGCCCAUGCGUCGUGUAUGGUGGCUUGCCUAUGAAGGAGCAGAUCAAUCUCCUCAGCAAAGGCUGUGAUGUUCUUGUCGAGCAAGACGAGGGCAAUGUCAAGUAUGGACUCUUCUCCGCCACCUUUCCCAAGGCUGCUCGAGAUCUGGCCAAAGAAAACUUGUCUGCAGCCCAUGUGCGUUUCCGUGUUGGCCGCGCCGGCAGUACCACGGAGAACAUCAAGCAAGUCAUUCUUGCUACUGAACGCGAUGAGAAGCGUGAUACCCUUCUCCACCUCCUCAGUCAGAUGACUGGCGUGAGAACCAUCAUUUUCGCCAACAGUCGCCGAGAGGUCGAUAACCUAGAUGACUUCUUGUACAAUAUGGGGCUUCCCGUCACGUCCAUGCAUUCUGAGCGAACCCAAAAGGAGCGUGAAGCCGCAUUGCGUUCUUUUCGAUCCGGCAACGCUCCCAUUCUCAUUGCUACUGGUGUCACUGCUCGUGGCAUCGAUGUGCGAAACGUAAUGCACGUUAUUAACUACGACCUUCCAUCCGUUGAGCAUGGCGGAAUCGAAGAGUACACUCAUCGAAUUGGUCGAACUGGGCGUAUCGGCCAUCGCGGCAUUGCCACUUCGCUGUUUGAUCCUAUCAAUGACGACGCCUUGGGCAGUGUCCUCACUCGGACGCUUCUUGAAACAAAACAGGAAGUUCCAGAGUUCUUGCAGAUGCAUGUGCCAGAAGGCGAUGCGGCGAAGAACCUUCGCUUUGAGACGGAGUCGGAUUACGAUCCCAACGAAGCAGAAGAUCAUGCACAGACUAAUGGCACCUCGGGCAACGACCCCUGGGGCGGAGCGCAGGAAAACAAUGAUAACGGUAAUUCUGGAUGGGGGCAGUCUGGUUCCAGCGCUCCAAAUGGAUCUGGACAACCUGCCGCAACUCCUGCCGCUGCUACCAAAAAUGGCUGGGGGGCCGAACCUGCUGCAGCAGCUUCUGCCCCUGCCAACGGCGGCUGGGGUGUUGAUGCCCAAGUUGCCCCUGUUGGAUGGUAA